AUGGGCAUCUUUUUCUCCAUCUCUAAUCACAUCUCUCUUCUCCUCUUAUCCCCAGAUAAGAAAGCCUUCUUCCUUAUCAAUACCUCAUCGGCGGCUGGUCCUCAGAUCUACGAGCUCUGCACCAACACUUCUCAGGAGAGACAGUCCUGGAUUGUUGUCAUCCUCUCCACGCAGGAAGUGCAGCGGAAGCAGGCCAAGGGAUGGCGCCGUAACGCCAAGAUAGCGGCCAACCCCAGACCUCUACCACAAGAACGCCUACCUGUCUAUGAGGAGAGCUCAAAGAUUGACGAGAAGCCGGAGAUCAACGGCCCACCGGAGGUGGUCAACUAUGUGGCCCUCGCUCCCCAAGCAGAAGUGGUCAGUCUGACCAACAGCUCAGAUGAUACUGAUAGAAAUGACGGAAACGACGACCAACUGACAUCUCUCAAACAUGAUUCGGAGAGCAAGCGCGAUGAUAUUUACUACGGUGGUCUUUCGGCACCGCCAGAGAUCCUCGCUCGGGGGCCGAGAGCACAGCGAGCGUAUGCCGAAGCAGCUCAAGCUGGCACGAAGAAAGUAUUCAGAACGCGCCUGAUGCUUGUGGGACAAGAACGUGUUGGAAAGACAAGUCUAAAGAAAAAUCUUACAGGACAAGGAUUUGAUCAAAACGAGGAAAUAACGGACGGUGUAGAAACAACAAACGCAUAUGACAUUUGCAUCGAGAUUGCAAAGGCUGGCGAAAAAAUGUGGUCCAUUCACAAGAAAGGUCAUGGGAAUGAAGAUACAAAAGAGGAUGAAUACAUUAAAGCUGUAGCGGAUAAAAUAGCAAAGAGCCUGACCGUGACCCCACCACAGGAUCAAGAAAGUUUUGAACCAUACAGCAGAGGCUUGAAUCCUGAAGAACCAGGUUUGUGUAUAUUUUUUUUUAUUGAUUGUUAGCUUUAA